GGUUAUGUCGUCGUCGUCGGCAGAUCAGUAAUCGCAAAUUUUAAAUCUGUUCAUCUCACAAUAAUUUUUUUUUAAAUCAAAUAUUUCAUUAGGCUUUGUAUCUGUUAGACAUAUCGUUCUAUUGCUAAAUUGUUCUUUUAAGAAUAUGGCUUCUCCAAGAACGCGGCGGAAAUUAAAUUUUAUUCGUAACUUAAAUGAAAACGACAAAUGUUUCGAGUGCGGUACCCUCAAUCCUCAAUGGGUGUCGGUUACUUACGGCAUAUGGAUCUGCUUAGAAUGUUCAGGCGUUCAUCGCAGCCUUGGAGUGCAUCUCUCGUUUGUGCGCUCAGUUACUAUGGACAAGUGGAAAGAUAUAGAGUUAGAAAAAAUGAUGGUUGGAGGUAACUCUAAAGCAAGAGAAUUUUUGGAGAGUCAAGGCGACUAUUCAUCUGAUAUGAAGAUUACACAGAAAUAUAACACUAAAGCUGCUGCUAUGUAUAGACAAAAGAUAGCAGCUCUUGCUGAGGGGAAAGAAUGGAGCCCUACUGAUUUCAAAUCUGAGGUUGUGGAAAGACCUACAGAAUGGAACCAGUCGCAAAACUUCUAUUCGUCUGACGAAACAGGAAUUCAUUCAAGUGGUUCCGAUAACAAUAUCAGCUAUCAUAGCGAGUAUGGCAGCAAUCGCUACACUGGCUUCGGCAACACCAACUCUUACUCAACGCCAACGUCUCCAGUGGCCGGCAAUGAGAUGGUCGAGGCAGCUCUGUCCUCCUUUGCUACUGGUUGGUCGCUAUUCACAAAAGCGGCUCGCAGCGCCACAGAAGGUGCUGUGCGUUAUGGAGGCAUUGCUUCUCAGAAAGUGACAGAAAUGGCUUCCACUGUCACUGAAAAGGUAAACAACCGUGGUGGAUGGACCUCGUUGGGAGGGACUACGGAACUGCGCCGCGCGAGCAACUCUGGGAUGCAAAACCAGCCUCAAAGCUAUGGAGCUAUGAAGAACUCCACUUCGGAGCCGUAUUCCAAGUGGAACGAGCAAACCCAACCAUGGAAGGAGUCUGUGACCACCCGCAAUAAUCUGGACACUCGUGAUCUGUCGCAAGUGGGCAUUUCAAGCCCACCGCCAGAUGUGAAGAACAUCCAGAUCAAGAAGAAAGGGGAUGAUGACUCUUGGGACUGGCUGAACAACUAAGAUCUG